AUGAUGAACACAAAUACUGACCUAACUGAAGAAGAUGCUGCAGAUCUGCAAUUUCCCAAAGACAACCUCUCAACAUUUUCUAGCCAAAAUAUUUUCGAUAACAGCGAUACAAGUUAUUGUGAAAAUUGUUUCAGUGAAGUAGUAAACAAAUGGAUAUUAUGUGAUAAGUGCAACAUUAAUAUUUGCUUAGCUUGUUUUUCCAAUGGAGCAGAAUUCAAAAAACAUAAGAGUGAUCAUGAUUACAAAGUACUAACCACCAAAUUCAUACUGUUUGAAAAUUCUGAUUGGACAGCAGAAGAAGAGUUGAAACUUUUAGAUGCUAUCCAGAACUAUGGAAACUGGAACAUGGUAGCACAAGAGUUUCCAAAUCGCACCAUAAGUGAGGUUGUAGACCACUAUGACUAUUUUUAUCUGGAACGAAAUGGCUCAGAUGGUCUACCAAACAUAAAGCAAUCAGAUGCUGCACUAUUUCCAGAGUUAGUAGUGCCUUAUAGGUUUCAGCUUUCUGACAUUGAUGAACCUCCAAGGUAUUUAUCUAACACUGUAGGCUUCAAAUCUUUAGCAGGAUAUAACCCAGCACGUUCUGAUUUUGAAAAUGAGUAUGAUAAAAAUGCUGAGGAUUUAUUAUCCAACAUGGAGGUUGUAAAUGAAGAUGACCCACACUAUGAACUUCUUACUAAUCUACAAUGCUCUUUGAUUGAAAGUUACAAUAGGAGGUUGAGGGAAAGACAGCAUUGGAAGAAUCUUAUACGUAAUCAUGGACUUCUAUUGCUGAGAAAAACUAUUUCAUGGUUGCAUAGAUAUGAUUACACUAUUCAGAAGCCUGUGUAUGAGAAAUUGAUAAGGUUCAUGCAGUUCUGUAAACCUGUAAAGUUUGAUAUGUUGAUGGAAGGACUGCAUAGAGUUGGGGAACUCAAAAUCCAUAUAUCAAGGUUGUGUCAUUGGAGAAGAAAAGGCAUAACAACGGUAGAAGAAGGCCGGAUUUUUUGGAAACUGAAUCAGCUGCACGAAUCCAACAGAAAAUCCCUGAAAGCCUUCAGGAGCAACCCUCAGCUGAACUGGAAAUCAAACUCCGAGGCCAACUUAGCAUUCCUCACGAAAUUCAACAGACGCAGAGCUUUCGCCCCCAUAGAAGUAACAGGAAUGCCAGGAUAUUCGAAACUAACAGAGAAAGAGAUUGAAUUGUGCAGCAAUGUACGUCUCGUACCUGUGGCGUACUUUCAACUGAGAGAAAUUUUGGUUGCCGAGUGCAAAAAGAACGGUUUUGUGUCUCUGCAAACUGCUAGAAGAAUGUUGAAGAUUGACGUGAAUAAGACCAGGAAGCUUUAUGACUUUUUGAUACAGGAAGGGUAUAUUACAAAGAUGCCUUGA